AUGGAUGGUGAUCUCUUUCAUUCUCAGUUUAUGGAGCAUGCUGCCAAUGGAAAGAAAAAGGAAGAGAUUGGAGUUAAAAAGGCACCAGGUUAUGUAGCAACAGUGUUACAGGGAGAAAAGGGGGCACCACAGGACCUACAGCUGGUGAAACUACUACAGCCCCAAGCAGUGAACCCUCAACAGCUGAGGCCACAUCAGAUCCAGUCAGAGUUUGAUUCGGGGACCAACAUUGGGUUUGGGGGUCUGCUGUCAACCAAUGGAGUGGCCUGGAGGGAUAAAUGGGAAGAAUCUGAUAUAACAUGGAGUAAAAGGUGUUGCCAGCAUCAGAGGGUUUAUGUGAGGUUCAGCGAGCUGACAAUAGGAGGCACAGGGUCACAUGUCACCCUUUACUUUUUUAAAUCAGCAAGAACAGAAGUGCCUACCUCACCCACACCUAUUGGCAAAGAAGCCAGCACCCUCUCGGAAUCAAGCCCUGGAACUGUGACCCAAGGAAACUCAGCAAGAACAGAAGUGCCUACCUCACCCACACCUAUUGGCAAAGAAGCCAGCACCCUCAGAGAAUCAAGCCCUGGAACUGUGACCCAAGGAAACUCAGGAACAACAGGCCAGUCUGUGGGACGGACUUCAGCAUCAGGCAGGGAGAUCACAGCUGGACCUCCAGGCUCAGAGACCACAACUGUACCACGAGGCACACAGAGCACAGUUACACCACUAGGCGUUGAGACCAGAGCUGGAACACCGAGCAAGGAGAUCACAGCUAGACCAGCAGGCACGCAGAGCACAGCUGGACCACCAGGCACCACAGGACCAGCAGCUGGUGAAACUACUAGAGCCCCAAGCAGUGAACCCUCAACAGCUGAGGCCACAUCAGCAAGAACAGAAGUGCCUACCUCACCCACACCUAUUGGCAAAGAAGCCAGCACCCUCUCGGAAUCAAGCCCUGGAACUGUGACCCAAGGAAACUCAGGAACAACAGGCCAGUCUGUGGGACGGACUUCAGCAUCAGGCAGGGAGAUCACAGCUGGACCUCCAGGCUCAGAGACCACAGCUGGACCACCAGGCACACAGAGCACAGCUGGACCACCAGGCAGGGAGACCACAGCUGGACCACCAAGCACAGAGACCACAGCUAGAACACCAGGCAGGGAGACCACAGCUACACCAGCAAACACAGAGACCACAACUGGACCACCAAUCACAGAGACCACAGUUGGACCACCAGGCACUAAGACCACAACCGGGGUCACCACAUCUGGAUCACCAGGCACUCAGAGCACACUUAGACCACCAGAUACGGAUACCACAGCUGGAACACCAAGCAAGGAGACCAUAGCUAGACCAGCAGGCACGCAGAGCACAGCUGGACCAACAGGAACCAGUGGAAGAGUGGGUAGAGUUGCUACCACAAGCACUAGUGAAAGCACAUUUGGAAACACAGGUGGGGAAGAAACAGAAGCAGAGAGGGAAGCAAUGGCAGACACACAUGCACUUGUGCCCUACAUGCAGUCAGAGACAGGAUCUCUGGGAGCACGGUGCUAUCUGCAGCCUCCACCACGUCAGGCCCAGGAUCCUCAGCCAGACCAGCUACCACUUCUGCUAGCCACAGAUCAGGCACCACAGGACCAGCAGCUGGUGAAUCUACUGGAGCCCCAAGCAGUGAACCCUCAACAGCUGAGGCCACAUCAGGAACAACAGGCCAGUCUGUGGGACCGACUUCAGCAUCAGGCAGGGAGAUCACAGCUGGACCUCCAGGCUCAGAGACCACAGCUGUACCACGAGGCUCACAGAGCACAACUGGACCACCAGGCAGGGAGACCGCAACUAGACCAGCAAACACAGAGACCACAGCUGGACCAGCAGGCACACAGAGCACAGCUGGACCACCAGGAACCAGUGGAGGAGUGGGUAGAUUUGCUAGCACAACCAGUAGUGAAAGCACCCUGGAAACACAGAUAUGGGGAAAAAAGCACAGAGGAAACAUAUCUUCGACACACAUGCACUUGUGCUCUACAUGCAGUCAGAGACAGGAUCCCUGGUACCACAGGACCAGCAGCUGGUGAAACUACUAGAGCCCCAAGCAGUGAACCCUCAACAGCUGAGGCCACAUCAGCAAGAACAGAAGUGCCUACCUCACCCACACCUAUUGGCAAAGAAGCCAGCACCCUCAGAGAAUCAAGCCCUGGAACUGUGACCCAAGGAAACUCAGGAACAACAGGCCAGUCUAUGAGACCAACUUCAGAAUCAGAGAGGGAGAUCACAGCUGGACCACCAAGUACAGAAACCACAGCUGGAUCAGCAGGCACUCAGAGCACAGUUGGACCACCAGGCAUGGAGACCACAGCUGGAAUACCAAGCAAGGGGACCACAGCUAGACCACCGGGCGCUGAGACCAGAGCUGGGGUGACCACAGCAGGACCACCAGGCACACAGAGCACAGCUGGACCACCAGGCACCACAGGACCAGCAGCUGGUGAAUCUACUAGAGCCCCAAGCAGUGAACCCUCAACAGCUGAGGCCACAUCAGCAAGAACAGAAGUGCCUACCUCACCCACACCUAUUGGCAAAGAAGCCAGCACCCUCAGAGAAUCAAGCCCUGGAACUGUGACCCAAGAAAACUCAGGAACAACAGGCAAGUCUGUGGGACCGACUUCAGCAUCAGGCAGGGAGAUCACAGCUAGACCUCCAGGCUCAGAGACCACAGCUGGAUCACGAGGCACACAGAGCAUAGUUAGAACACCAAGCAAGGAGACCACAGCUGGACCAUCAAGCACCCAGACCACAGCUGGACCACCAGGCACCACAGGACCAGCUGGUGAAACUACUAGAGCCCCAAGCAGUGAACCCUCAACAGCUGAGGCCACAUCAGCAAGAACAGAAAUGCCUAACUCACCCACACCUAUUGGCAAAGAAGCCAGCACCCUCAGAGAAUCAAGCCCUGGAACUGUGACCCAAGGAAACUCAGGAACAACCGGCCAGUCUGUGGGACCGACUUCAGCAUCAGACAGGGAGAUCACAGUUAGACCUCCAGGCUCAGAGACCACAGCUGGACCACGAGGCACACAGAGCACAGCUGGACCACCAGGCAGGGAGACCACAUCUGGACCACCAAGCACUGAGACCACAGCUGGAACACCAAGCAGGAAGACCACAGCUAGACCAUCAAGAACAGAGACCACAGCUGGAACACCAGGCAGGGAGACCACAGCUGGACCACCAAGCACAGAGACCACAGCUGGACCACCAAGCACAGAGACCACAGCUGGACCAGCAAGCACAGAGACCACAGCUGGACCACCAAUCACUAAGACCACAACUGGGGUGACCACAGCUGGACCAUCAGGCACACAGAGCACAGCUGGACCACCAGGCUCGCAGACCACUGCUGGACCACCAGGCAUGCAGACCACAGCUGGAUCAUCAAGCACUGAGACUACCCGUUCUCCACAUCCAGCAGAGACCCUGGAACCAUCAUUUAGUGAGACAACAAGGACUCAAAGUCGUGAACCAACACCAACUCAGCACAAGUCAGGGAGUACAGUGCUGUCUGCAGCCUCCACUACUGCUGGCCCCAGAUCCUCAGCCAGACCAGAUACAAUUACUACUGGUAACCAAUCAGCAGGCACCACAAAACCAUCAGCUGAUGAAACAACUAGAGCCCUAAGCAGUGAACCCACGGCGACAGAAGCCAAGUCAGCUUCAGGAGAGCUAGUGUGCCUUGUAGUCAUUGUUAGCUGUGUUUACCAGGAGCAACAGACAAGUCUGGGGGAGCAAGCUCAGGACCAGACAGAGGAGCACACCCUGACCACUGACCAUAAGGUUCUGGGGAUGCUGGCCCUGCACACCCCACAGGAACCAGUGGAAGAGCGAAUACAUUUACCACCACAGCUGCUGGUAUCAGCACACCUGGAAAACCAGGAACCAGUGGAGGAGCAGAUUCAGCCACCACCACAGCUGCUCAUGAGAACACAGCUGGAAGAGCAGGUACAAGAGAGUCAGUGGGAGCAAGCUCAGCAUCAGAAACUAGUGGAGGAGCAAAAGCAGCUACCACCAGCAGAGUCUCCAGCAGGAGCACAUCUGGAAGGACAGGAAGCACAGCAUUGUCUGCUGGUCCCACCACUGUUAGCCCUGGAGCCUCUACUGGACCAACCACCAUCUCUGGUGGCCGAAGCUCAGGAACCUCUGGAGCAGCAGCUGGAACAAGCCCGGGAGCUGCAGGUGGUAGCACCUCUGGAGAAGCAGGCACCGGAGCCACAGCUCCUGCCUUCCAACAUGCUCUUAGUUCUAGGAACCACAACAGUGUUUUCUGGUCCCACGGCUACCAGUCCUGGAGCUUCUGCUCAAUCAGCCACAAGCUCAGCUAGCAGCAGAUCAGGGACCACAGAAUUAACCAUUGGAGAAACAACUAAAUCCCCAAGCAGUGAGCCAACACCAUCUGGUAAAAAGUCAGGUACAACAGGAGAAUCCAUAACAUCAACCUCAGACUCAGGGAGGAAAAGUACACCUGGCCCAUCAGGCACUGGGGCCACCAGCUCUGCAUACCUCACAGGCAAGGCAGAACCUCCUGAGUGGUUAUGGUGGGGGCAAUACAAUCUAGGGCAAGAGGCAAAACUAGCAGAGGAGCAGAAACAUUCACCACCCAAACAUCUGGUGGGAGCACAUCUGGAAGGACAGGAAGCACAGCAGUGCCUCCAAGUUCCACCACUGCGAGUCCUGGAACCUCCCCCAGACCAGCCACAACCUCAGCUAGGGACAGAUCAGGGACCACAGGAGCAGGAGUGGGUGAAACAACUCAAUCUCCAAGCAGUAAAGCAGCAACACCUGAGUCAGGCUCUUCUGGCACUUCUGCUCCCAUUGCUUCCACAGCUAGAACGACAGGCUCUACCACUGUCCUACACCCUGGUCUCACCACUCUUGGAGAUAGAGCAGGUACAACCAGAAAACCUGUGGGACCAACCACAGGAUCAGGCCGGGCGAGCACACCUGGACCCUCGGCCACUGGGACCACCAGCUCUGCAAACAGAGCAGGAACUAGUCGGGGAAGAGAUGCAGCCACCACCGGAGCGCUUCGGGACAGCACAUCUGGAAGGACAGGCCCACCUGAAGAAGCAUCUGGAACCAGCCCUAGAGCUACAGGAGGCAGCACCACUGGAGAAGCAGGCCCUGGAGCCACAGCUUCUGGGACCACAACAGCGUCUGCAGGAUCCAUUACUGCCAGCCUUGGAGCCUCAGCUAGACCAGCCACAACUUCUGGUAGCAGCAGAUCAGGUUCUACUGGAACUCCUCUUCCCCUCUCUUCCAUGGCUGCAUCUACAAGCAGCAUACCUGUUCAGAGCCCUGGUCUCACCAGCACUGGGGGUACAGCAGUGGGAACCAGCAGUCCCCCUCUUGCCACACCUGCUGCUGAGGAAGUCAGCACAGCCAGGGCAGCAGGCACUGGGGCCACAAGCCCAGGACACUCAGGUACAACAAGAGAGUCAGUGGGAGCAAGCUCAGCAUCAGGCCGGACCAGCACACCUGGACCCUCAGCCACCAGGGCCCCCAGCUCUGCACACCCCACAGGAACUAGUGGCAGAGCAGUUACAGCCACCACCGGAGCCCCUGGGGACAUCACAUCUGGAAGGACAGAGUCAACUGGGAAGUCUUCAGCUGUCACCACAGUGGAAGACAAUGCCAACACCAGUGGCACGGUCUUCAGAGAAGGUGAGAACAAGCAAUGCAUCAAUGCUCUGUUCCACAGGGUGUCACCCAGGUGGUCCUCCACUGCCCCUCAGGGACAACCUCAUUCCCCAUGGUGCAGCCUUAGAUACAGAGGGCAAGAUCAGGGUUGUCUGUGUUCCCAGGAAGACUGUCAGAAACACACAGGCUUCUAUGGAACACCUAGAGCUCCAUCUGGAACCAGCCCUGCAGCUGCAGGUGUCAGCACCCCUGGAGAAACAGGCACUGGAGCCACAGGUUCCGGCUCUCCUGGACCUUCCACUCCCAUCUCCUCCACAGCUGGAACUACAAACAGCAGAGCAGUUCAGAGCCCUGGCCUCACCACUACUGGGAGCAGAGAAGGAACAGGAGGUGCUACUGAACCCACACCUAGUGGAGAGGAAAGCAGCACCACCAGGGGACAAAACACCAGAGCCACAAGCCCAGGAAACGCAGAUACAACAGGAGAGUCACUGGGAACAACCUCAAAACCAGGCCCAACAAGCACACCUGGACCCUCAGCCACCAGGGCCCCCAGCUCUGCAUACCCCACAGGGACCACUACAACUGGAGUCCCAGGCAGUGAACCAACACUCCCUGGAAGAAUCUCAGGGACCACAGGCAUGUCUUCAGGUCUUACCACAUCUGGUCCUGGAGGCUCAGCUAGACCACAUACAACCUCUGCUCUCAGCAAGUCAGGUGGAAAUUGAAAGCCCGGAAUCUGAAAUAAAGGAUCAAAUUCACACUCAAGAAAAAUGCAAAUUAAAACUACACGGGGAUGUCGUGUCGCGCUUUUUCAGGCUGGCAGAAAUCCACAACUUUGACAACAGCCCUGUUGACAGUUCUGGAAAGAAACAGAUGGUACUAGGGACAACUCCACCAUCUUCACCAGUGUCAGGGGAUUUGGGACAAUCUUCAGGAGUAAUAAGGACAGCUCCACAGCCAAGCAGAGAACCAGGAACAACAGAACCCUCUGUUGUGCAAUCAGAGACCACUAGAACAACAUCUCAAAGUUCAGGAGUAACAACACCAUCCCCUGGUGAAGUAGGAAGACCAACUGGCGUGACAACAACAACAGCUACCACAUCAGUAGAAGGGCCAAGAAUGCCUGAACCAUCAACCAAGGGAUCAGAGACAAUGGCCACCUCAACAAGAAUCACAGUGACAUCUGGACAACCACCGAAAUCAACUGAAACAACCGUCCAGUCAACUGGGGUGAAGGAAAACACUAGCCCAUCAGAGACAGGGUCUGGAACAACUGGAUCCUCAGCUGACAAACUAGUGACAACUGGAACACCUGGUGUAGUAUCAGAAACAACCAGACCAUUGGGGACAACUGAGCUAUCAUCUGGUAUACCAGGAACAACCUUACUGCUGACUGGAGUGACAGGACCAUCUGAACCAUCAGUAGGAGUGUCAGGGACCAGUGGACCAUCAGCUGUGGAGACCAGGACAACAACACCAUUGGGUGUCACAACCAAUGAGGCAGGAGGAACUACAAGAGAACCAGAAACUGAGGUGACGAUACCCAAAGUGCCACCAAAACAGCCUAAAGUCACCACAGGAGCUACAACAACCUCCACAAAGGGUGUUCACACUGUUGGAUUCAAUACAGGGGAGAGACAGGCUGAGAACCGGUUGGGCAUAGGGAAAAUGGGCUUUGCUCUUCCUAACAGCAGGAGCACCAGGGUGAUUUACAGUUCUCUUUGUGUUUCAGCCACAACCAGGAUGGCUUCUGGCACAACGGUGGCCCCUGGCAGGGCCAAUACAGGUACCUCCACAGUCAGCACUGGCACAACAGUUAGCCCUGCAGGUGUGAGCACAGCAGCCACAACUUCCUCUGGAGUCAGUGGGACCAGUGGAGCUGGAAGCCCUGCAGGCACCACUGGUGUAGCCAGAAGCACAACUGUUGCCCCUGGCAGUUCUAGCACAGAAACCACAGCUUUUACAACAGUCAAUAGUACUACUGCAGCAAGAAGGGAAACAGGUCCCACUGAGGUCAGCACUGGCACAACAGUUGGCCCUGCAAGUGUGAGCACAGCAGCCACAACUUCCUCUGGAGUCAGUGGGACCAGUGGAGCUGGAAGCCCUUCAGGUAAACACUGA